AUGAAUGCUGAAAUCACUGGUAAACUGACAAGUGACAAGAGAGAAGCCUUCCUCAGGAAUAUGUACCAAGACUAUUUCCCAGAGACAGCAGUACAGAGGAUCGCGUCUACACUGACACGUAUGUGUGAUCACUUGAUGUCCACGCCGCGGCUGAAAGACAGACUGUAUCAAGAGAUACGGGAAUUUGUCGUGACUGGUGUGUCGAGGGUCAACUCAGCUCCGCUGUCAUCUGAACGUGUCAUUGAGAGGUUCUGUGGCAACACGACAUUCUUCAGGCCUGGUUAUGAGCAUAUGUGGAAAGUUGAAGACAACUGUUGUCCACUGCUGUGCUAUGAUGUGGAUCUUAAACUGGACAGAUACGACGGUAAGCUUGUCACCAUGUCUUCUCUGUGUCUGGCAAUACUAAAGCAGUGGGUGGAGAGUUAUCAGGCAGCCAUUAAAGAGGGAUGCAUAAUCAAGGUAUGCGUCGAUGUACACUGUCUUUGCAUGUGUGUGUGACGGCUGCCACCUAAACACAUGCUCAUGAUAUUGUGACACCGUGCUGUCGACACCGCUUUUGACAGAGAUUUCUUAUAGUUGUAGAACAGGUUUUGUUGCUUCUGCUUUGUUCUCAAGCGCGCAAACUAUUCGACUUUUACAGGAGUAGAAAUAUA